UCUCAGUUCUAAUACGCCCAUGGGAGGGUUGGUUGCCCAUUGAGGUAAAACCUUCAAUAGUGGGUAUAAUUUUGAACAUUUUGGGCUAAGAGCAGUAAAGUUAAUACGUAAACGAUGCAAAUUGAUAAUUCAGAAACAAGCAUAUGUUUAAAGUGAUUUUAGAGUAUUAUGUUACCAACCUCUGGUAGCUACAACCGAUUAGAUGGCCCACAACCUCUUUUCCGCAUCCGAUUUGGCAAAAUUGCCAUAGCCGUUGUGAGUCUUGCCCUGGGCAGUUUUUUAUUUUGUGUUAUUUGGUCGCUAUUGUUCGAGUUUGAAAGUUCUACUUCCACGCACUGUGAUGUACAUAAUUAUUUGCCCUCCAUAUCAUCGGCCAUAGGAAGUUAUGAACCGCAAAAAACAGUUUGGCGAUUGGCAAUAACACUGCAAUUGCCCGCUCGGAUUGUGGUAUCGAAAAUGUAUAUGCAAUACUAUAAAGAUACGAUCCGGCGAAAUCGUCGUGUAUAUGCUGUUAUUGCUUGCUUGUUAAAUAUGUCUGAAAAUUUAGCUUUGCUAAGUUUAUCGUUGUGGACAUCCAUGGACAACUAUCGGAUUCAUAGAAACUCCUUCGUUGUUUUUAUUGCAUGCAGUGAGGUUUAUAUGCUUAUUUCUUAUUUUCUCAACAAAAAUGGCCGUAAAGUACCACUCUUACCGAUGGAAGAAAAAUCAUUGAUGUACAAAAGAAAUUUAUUUAUAACAAACGUCACUGCAUUUAUUUUAGCCGGCUAUUGUUUCCUGCGGCAUAAUUCGUUGUGCGAGGCAGGCGUAUAUACUUUCUUUGCGCUUUUCGAGUAUAUUGUAGUGCUGACGAAUAUGGCUUACCAUAUGACUGCUUACUGGGACUUUCAUGCCAUGCAUGUUACUUUUGAUUGGGAGAGAGGACUUUAUUUAUCACAAUUUUAAUUAAAAUUACAUUGUAUUAGAAUAAUUUAUGUACUAUUGUCGAAGCUUUGUGUUAGCUUUAAUGUAAUUUUAGAUCGGAACUUUACUUAACUUUAUAAAGCGCAAACUUUUUGUUUUACUCAAACAUUCGCAGGAAAUAAAUUUAAAUCAUUGCGUUCCAGGUGCUCACGAAAUUCA